AAACGUCGAGCCGACUGGAGGUCUUCUACUAAAGUCCAGUCCGCAAGGAUCAGCGUUAUCAGUUUGUUGUUAAGUUUGCUUAGUUCCCGUUCUACGUUCUCCGUUUUCUGUUGCCCAAGUUCAAGUUUUAAGUUAAUCAAAAUAAAACCCCCACCAUCGAUGCAAUGGCCCAGACACAGACACAAACGCAAACGCAAAUGCAAUCCCACUCGGAAACCGAGAAACUCAACCAUCCGCACAGCAUUGGCAUCCAGCUGCAGCACAAGGGGAUGCCCCACGGGCUGGGUCUGCUGACCACGGUGGCCUCGCUGCCUCCGAAAUACCGCAGUCGCUACCUGAACCUGAAAACCAGGUGCGAAAUACCACUGGAUCUAACGGUGAAGCUGCCCUCGCCGCUGCCCAGCAGCGAUGUGCCCAUGGCGGCCACAUUUACGGAGGUGUAUAGCGAAAAUGUGGUGGAGGUUCCGCAGGAAGAGGCAGCCAAAGUGGAGGAGGAGCAGCAGCAGGUGAAACCCCCAACGCCACCGCAGAGUCCAUCAGGGAAGCGCAAAUUGAGCUGUGACGAUGAUGGACACCCCGCUAAAAUGGCCAAAAAGGAGGAGGUGGAGGAGGAGGAGGAUGAGCAGCCCAUCCCAACAGUAGAAGCCACGCCAGCGAAACCUGUCAAAGUGGCGGACUCGGCUCCGAAAACCAGCAAGGCCUCCACUUCCUCUGGGAAACCCUCCCGCAAUAAGGCCACCCGCAAACUGAAGUUCGACGAGGAGACCAGUUCACCUGUGUCCGGUACGAUUAUCCGACCGCUCGAGGACAUCACCGAUGGUUCGAUGCAGUACAGCAAUGGUGACAUUGAUCCCAAAUACAACAUUGUCGAGAUCACAGAGGAAACCAAGGCAGAGUUGGCGGCCAUCAAGAACGUGAUUGGGGACUAUGUGUGCCGUUUGUGCAAGAUUAAGUUCGAGGAUGCCUUCGGUCUGGCCCGUCACCGGUGUGCCUGCAUAGUCCUGCUGGAGUACCGAUGUCCCGAGUGCGGAAAGCAGUUCAAUUGUCCUGCCAACCUGGCCUCCCAUCGCCGUUGGCAUAAGCCGAGAAAGGAGGCGGCCAAAAAGGAGAAUCGCAAUACCAUUAACCAACAACAGCAGCAGCAAUCGCAGCAGCAAGUGGAGAAAAAAUCAGCAUCGGAGGAUCUGGCAUUUGACUGCCAGGAGUGUGGCAAGAAAUUCAAGAGGGCCGCCUACCUGAGGAAACACCAACUGACCCACCAGAAGAAGGAAAAGUCGGGGGAGAAAGUGGUGGAAAUGUUGCCGCCAGCCAGUACAACUACCAUAACAGGCAGUUUCCACUUCAAUCAGGCGGGAUCUUCGGGGGUUUCCACCUCCUCCUCCGCCAGCAGUUCCCAUUCCGACGAGGGUGUCUAUGUGGUGGGGGCCAAUACGAGAAGUAACUACGACUACGACAACGAUUACCUCUCGGACUCAAGCUCCUCGGCCUCAUCCGCGGGAUAUGGUCGUCUGCAGAUCGUGGAACAUGGUCUCACGGAGGAGGAGAGCAUUGCCGCCGCUGCCCUCACGAACUUAAGGAACUGCGCUUCCGUCAUUCAACACACCACCAUGGCCCAUUGAAAUCGAGUGAGAGUUUUAAUGUUAAGUUUAGUUAUUAGUUGACAACCCCCAAAAAAAAUCCUUUUCGGGGGUCAAUGCAGCUGAAACAGACCAAAGAAUUAGUUUUAUUCACGGAAAUUUCAGUUUCCUCUUCAUAUUCUUAGUUAGGUAUAAAGUUUAGUUCUUAAACCGAUUUAGUUUCGUUCGCAAAAUGAGUUCAAUUCUAGUCAGACUCUGAUUUGUAUCCGUACUUCGGUCCACAUUCCAUAGGUACUUUAGUUCUAGUCAGUGAAACCAAAGAAUCUUGGCACUAGUCAGCUUCAAAAAGAUCUCUCGAAAAAGGUGUCUCAUAAGUACCAGGCAGGCAUUUUUUGUAGUCCUUAGUUUUAGAUAGUUUAGGAACUUUUGGGAGUGCAAUGAACUAAACAAAAGAACCAAAGAAAACAACCAAAAAUUCAUUACUAACCAUUUUCAUACUCUAUCCACCCUACUCCAAUAUCAACUACUUAUAAAAAUACCAAAGACUCAAAACUAACACUCUUUAAACUACAUCUGUCACUCAUAUUUCAUUAAUUCCUAUUACAUUUCUCAAACUUCAACUUUCAUAAAUCAUUCAUCACUCCUUUCUUUAAUCCCCCACUUUCCUUAUUUCUCAUCAUCUCAUAACAUCCUUCACACUUCCGAAAUUCAUUCUUCAUGACUUUUCUCAUUCUCAUACUCAUCUUUUCCCGAUCAUCUUUAUCACUUUAUCUCUGAUUUUUCGCAAAUCAUCUCCGUACUAAUAUCCAUACCCAAAAUUCAACCCUUUUACCAAAAUAUUUCGUGUCAUUCUAGUCAUAAGUUCUUGCAUUCUUUCUAGUCAUUUUAGGCAAAUAAUUUCUAUAAGUCAGCUUCAUUUCGAUCUUACUAAGUUUGUACAAACAUAUAUCAUUCUUCAAUUUCGGAUACAGCUUUAGUCAUGUUCUGGUUAUAUACCGAAACCAAAAUUCAGGCAAAAUUGUGCAGUAAUAGAUCUUAAGUUCAAAUCAAACCAAAAAAGCAAAACCAAAUCCUAGUUUAAACAAAAAUCCAAACCCAGUGUUAGGUGAACCAAAGUCGAGUGUGAGCUCUAGUCAUUUUUUAGGCUCCUAAGUGAGGGGAAUCGAGUAAUUCUCAGUUUAAUUUAAUUUAGUUUAGUUAGGCAUAGAAAACGGACAUUGGACCAGCGUCUCACUACCAGUCAAAGUAUUGAACAGUACAACCUAGCUAUAAAGGCCCCAGGCUUCAGAACCGGCGGUUGUGUACUUAAAGCAAUAAAAUAAGAAAUCCCUUAAUCGGGGGCAAUAUCACAGCGCUAUUGUUCCUUAGCAUCUGUAUAUGUAAAUUGGUUGUAACCGCAGAGUACAACGAAAUGGGAAACUUUCGCUCAAUUUAGGAAUUAAUUACCAAUAAGCUAUAUCAUAUGGAACCAUAUCGGUUGAGAUUUUGUGAUACUAAAUGCUAAGCCUAAAGUUUACAAGAGAAUCGUUGUGCUCGUUGUGCAGUAACAAUAAGCAAAAACAAAACAGAUCUUUGUACCAAAUAUUUUUAUAUGUAAUAUAUCCUUAAGAAGUAAAUAUUUUUAUACAAAAAGAAAAACUUUGGAAAGAACAUAAAAAUUGUAAAUCACGAAACUCUUUUAUAGAAACUAAACACAAAAACGUAUUUUUCUAAAAAACCAAAUAUUUUUAUACAAACACACAUCUUUGAAAAGACCAUAAAAAUUGUAAA